UCUAGUUUAGGAUACUGGAAUUGCCUACAUAAAGCCUGAUGUUCUGCUUUCCUCCCUCCUCAGUCCUCUGACCACACGCGCUCAAGACUGAAUAGCGAUAUCUAAAAAGCCGCAAUGCGACUCUGGAUCCUCUUCGCGCCACUCGCUCUAGUUCCCAUCGUGGCAGCUAGUUUCUAUGUUGGCCGGGUCAAUUGUAAGGGAUAUUCUUAUGGGGCUAUGGUCCCCUCUAGCAGCAAUGACCUUAGUACUGCAACGAACUACGACAGCCAGGCCUUUCAAUGGGGGUCGACCUCAAUGACGGGCCCGAUCUGCCGUACUAUUGUUACAAUUACCGAUUAUCAAUGGACGUCCACGGGCGGAGACUCCGGAAUCUGUCUUCGGACUGAGGCCAGGAGAUCCUCGGCGCGCUUCGACAUUGGCCCCUUUUGCGAAUGGCAAGACCACCUAUUGUGCUAUGGGGACCUCUGUGAGAAUUAAACAAGUAUCUCGCCGGCCGAGCAGUGUUUCAGUUUCAGUUUCAGUUUCCAGUAAAAACAAGAGGUUUCAUAGUAGAUGUAGAUCAAAACCC